AGCAGGUUUCCGGUCGCGUCCGCAACCGUUCGCGGUGCGCCUUGGAUGAAGUGAAGUGAAGAAAAGCAAAGCAAACCGUACGUGUCCCAAACAGAACCCUGCGAGACGGAGCGCGCAACGUUGUGGCGGGAAUAAUUUAUCGCUUUGACACACAAAAACACAACCAGCAAGCGACCGGGUCCACGGCACGAUAACGCACACGCUGCUGGUGUAGGAGCCCGGUUUAAGAACACGUUUAGGCGUGUGCUGCGGAGAUAAUCCAAGCUAGCCAGUUAGUAGUAGUACGCGUUUUACUCCUAAACCAUCUCCGCAUGCUAGAUUGUUGGUCGAUCUGUUCUGUUCUCGAGAGGAUUGUCGGAUUGCGCACGGUAUUUUGUUUUCGUGCCGAAUCCCACAGCAUCCAGCGGCAGGGAGAUGUGUAGAAGGUGAAUUGCGCAAUUGUGAAAUCAUUGUGACAGCACGCACUUCGCCACCGGGAAUUGGCGGCUUUUUACCGUUGCGAUCGGAUUCCUGUGUUUUGAAGGUGGCUUUUUAAAUCCAGUUGAUGCUGUCCUUCGCAAGAUAGAAGAGUGAAACAUGUGAUGUACGAGACAAGGGCAGUGGGGAGCUCGAGAAGAAAUGAUGGAUGAGCUCGAGCUGAGUCGUUGACGUGUGCCGCGUGGUAAUCAAAUUAAGCAAAAAAUAAAUCCCCUCAGGAGCAGCCCGUGCGAUCAUCGUUCUUCGCCGUCGACGCCGUUGUUGUCGGUAAACGCAUUAAAAUCGACCCAGUCAAUUGUGGAACGCGGGGUGCAGGGCAGGCUCCAUGUUAUCGUUUCCAGCGUGGCAGAAGAAGUGAGUUUGUUGUACACUAUCGCGAUCGUCCAGUUUUCAACCGCUAGUGUCGUGUGCCGGAACACGAGGUGGGACGAUGCGAGGUGGCGGGGAAUCACGUGGAAAGAAGGUCUCGGGGAGCUGUAAGGAGGUCGUCGGAAGUGCGAAUUAUGCAGCAGCCGCGUGUGCGAAGAUCACGAGAAUGGUGAUGGUGUGUGAAAGCAGGCGUUAAACUUGAUCGCCUGAUCCUGUUUAAAUCGUGUGUAGAAAAAUAAUAGCGUUAGUGCGUCAAAAUAAAAAAAGAUAGAAGCAAGAGAAAAGAUGCACACGCAGAUGUGUAAGUGAGAAUGCCGGUGUGAAGGAAAGCCAACCAUAUUUGAAAGUGAAAGUGAUCUUAUGAUUUAUUCUAACGCCGUGUGAAGGUCUCGGUCUUAAAUUGGUGGUAAACAAAAAAAAAGGAAAAAAGAAAAUAGUCGCCUCCCGCGCCCAGUGGAUGAGAGUAAGGUGACACGGAAAUUUUUCCAUCACAAAAGGCCGCCCUGAUGAAAGUUACGGCGGCUUAUGUUACGCUCGCUCGUGUGUCGUAAGAGGAAACCGUAUAUCGGAUAAUACGGCGCCAACGAAUCCCGUUACCGUUCCCAGUAAAGAAAACAAAAAAAAAAAAAAUAAAAAAGUAUAAUAUAGCGCGACACAUAAAUGGAAGGUUCAAGGGCUUGACAUUAUUCGCGGCGAAAAGCGUUCACUGAAAACUUACCCUGGUGUCAAGCGAAAGAAGGAAAAUUAAUGUACCAAAGUGACGAACCUUUCGGCCUUCGUACAAAACGGCAGAUUAUAAUUCGCAGCCAUAGUUUACGCUGCAUCGGAAGGGCGAAUCGAGAAGAUAACUAUUUUGGCCAUUUCUAGAGCGGCACCAAGUGCACGUGGUGAAAGGCAAGGGAACCACCCGAAACAUAACACAAAUCGAACGCGAGUAGCACGGAAAAAAACGGAGCAGGCAGGAAAAAUAAAAAUUAAUCCAAUUGGCCACAGCCGAAAAGGGCUCUGCUCUUUUGUUCGGGCAGCGUUGCGAACCGAAGAAACCAGUUUUGCUUGGCCCGUUGCGGAAAGACGCGGUCAACUGAGGCGAACGAAGAUGAAGGCGCUGAUGAAGCAUCUUAGAAUAUUUCCUCCAAAGAUGACACCGACACUGAUGGGGGCUGUCGGUGUGCUGGUGCUCCUGUUCCUCUGCAUCGCCCCCGGUUCCACCUACCAGCAUCUGAAAUCCGGCUUCCGAUCGACGGAACAGUUCGAGUACGAAUGCAUGCCCGUCGAAGCGAAUCUGGCUCCCCGGUUUGCGUCGUCGAACCAGAACGACUCGAUCUCGAUCCAGGUGACGCGCCGCUACACGCACCAGAUCGUGUCACGCAUCUACGCGAUCUACCUCCGCGAAGUCCUGGGCUAUCGCAGCGUGAAGCUGGUCGAGUACCGCGACGAACACAUGCCGAUGGUGGAAGCGGAGCGCAUCCGUAUGUUUCUGUCCCUGGAGCGUCUCGAAAGCCCGGACUUCAUAUGGCCCGAUCCGACGAUCGAUCUCGAGGUGUGGCUACUCUCGGACUAUCACAUCAUUCCGCCGAGGGUACAGGAGGCGGGCGCCAUUGCGAAUCCGGGCCGGUUCGGGCUGUUCAUUCCGAAGGAUCUGAUCAAAAAGGAGGACGGCUACCCGAAGGUGCUGCCGUACACGUACUUCCAGGAGGACGUCAACGAUCGCCGGUACUACGAUUUCAUCAAAAAGUUCGAUGUCUCCGAGGCGAUGCUCGAAUCGAUCCGACGGUAUGCCGAGCGGAAGUGCGGCGAGGACUGCGACGAGCACGGUAUGUUCGUGCCGGAACAGUGCACCGAGGGGCGCAAGUGUGCGCUGGUGCUGGCCCCGCACUACGAGGACACUGGCUUCCUCAUUAAGCACAUUACCGAGAUGGAUUUCCAGAUGAAGGUGCUGUGGCUUGGGGAUCGGCUGAAGCGGGGCAUCCGGCAGCUGAUGACCGCGUACGGCGGAGAACGGAAGGGCGGCAAAAAGUUUCUGGUCUUCCACUGGACACCGUCGGAGGUGAUUAACAGUCGCAAUACGACGUACAUGCCGGUGACGAUGCCACGGUGCGAGGAGAUGGUCGCGAGCAACGAUACCGGCUGCAAGUACGAGAUGACGCCGCGGCUCAAGUACUACGCCAAGCAGUUCCACUUCACCGAGCCGGCCGUCUACUCGUUCCUGAAGGUUCACUUCCACGAUCCGGAGAUACAGGACCUGAUCGAUCUGUACGAUCAGUACGAGGACCGGAUACUGGAGGCUCGGGAAGAGACAAACACGGACUUUGUCCAGCAGGGCGUCGCACGUUACUACAACCAGAUUGCCUGCGACUGGGUGCGGGCUCACGAGGUCUCCUGGUCCAAGUGGAAACCGGAAGGGCCAACGAAGCAGCAGGUUUAUAUCGGAGGGAUAUUCCCCCUCACCGGAUUGGCACCGUCGUAUCUUGGGAUAGCUCCGGCCGCCAUCAUGGCUGCUUCAGAAAUAAACAACAACAGUGCCAUUCUACCGAACCAUCAGCUGACCGUGGUCAAGCACGACGGCCAAUGCCGGGCGGACACGGUGAUGAAGUCUUUCAUCAGUCACUACAUCCAGCAGAACAAUAUGCUUGGCAUUCUCGGGCCGGCUUGCAGUGAAACGGUUGAACCGAUCGCCGGAGUUUCGAAACACUUUCGUAUGGCCGUCAUCUCUUACUCGGCCGAAGGGGCAUCGCUGUCCGAUCGCGAGACGUAUCCCUACUUCUUCCGGACGAUCGGCGAAAACCGCCAGUACGAGUACGUCUACGCGCAGCUGCUGCCGCGCUUGAACUGGCACCGGGUGGCCGCCCUCACCGAGGACGGUCAAAAGUCGACCGAGUACAUCUCCUACAUGGAAGCGCUGCUAAAGGAGCACUCGAUCGAGCUGAUCUCCAACAAGAAAUUCCCCCGUGAUCGGACGGGUGGUGAAAUGAAUCGGUACCUGCAAGAUCUUAAGGCGAAAAAUGCGAAAAUCAUUAUCGCCGACGUAGACGAUAAAGUGUCCCAGGUGAUUAUGUGCGAGGCAUCCAAGCUGGAGAUGACGGCAGAAAACGGAUACAUUUGGUUCCUGCCGAUCUGGCUGUCGAACAUGUGGAACAUGAGCGCGGAAAACCACACGGACGCUGACGGGGCCGGACCGGGCUGUUCGAUCGCCGAACUGCUGCGAGCUAUGAACGGCCACUUCUCGCUUUCGCACGCCCCGUUCGCCGACGACGACAGCACGCUGGACGUGGAUGGGACGACGGUGCGCGAGUGGAAGCGGCGAUACAAGGCCGCGCUUGCCCGGGAGCGCUACCUGCCGUCCGACUAUGCCGGCUUUGCGUACGAUGCCGUAUGGGUGUACGCGCUCGCACUCGACAAGUUGUUGCGCGAGGAUCCGUCCUACUUCAGCGACCUCCACUCGGAGCAGGCAACGAACCGGUUGAUGCAGCUGAUCCGCGCGACCGACUUCCGGGGAGCCUCGGGCCGCAUCAAGUUCGGUGAGGCUGGGUCGCGCUUUACCAUCAUUAACGUGGUGCAGUUUGUGAACGGGACGGCCAACAUCGUCGGCCAUUUCACGCCGAACAUUUCGGAGAGUCGCGACUACGAGCUGGUCGGUGGACGGCUGGUGCUGAACGAGUCUGCGAUCGUGUGGAUGACGCGGGAUGGUCACCCGCCGGACGAUGGUACGCUGGUGUGUAUGUUCGCCGGGUUUGCAGGGCUGUUCCGGAUCAGCUGCGAGCAGGCGACGACGGCCGUGACGACCGUGUUCUGCGUCCUCUGCAUCGCCGUGCUCUCGAUCGCUUCGUUCCUGUUCUGGAAGGUGCGCUACGACCGGAAGAUGAAGACGUCCGCCAAGUAUCUGCAGAAGCUCGGCAUCGACCUGCUUUCGCCGUCCGCCAUCCCGUUCAACACGCUCGACAAGUGGGAGAUUCCGAAGGACCAGGUGGUGAUUAACCGGCGGCUUGGCGAGGGUGCCUUCGGCACGGUGUACGGUGGCGAGGCGCAAAUCGGCGACGAGGGCUGGACGGCGGUCGCCGUGAAGACGCUCAAAAUCGGCUCGAACACCGAGGACAAGGUGGACUUCCUGUCCGAGGCGGAAGCGAUGAAGCGGUUCGAUCACAACAACAUCGUGCGCCUGCUCGGCGUGUGUCUGCAGUCCGAACCGGUCUACACGGUCAUGGAGUUCAUGCUGUACGGCGACCUGAAGACGUACCUGCUGGCUCGACGGCACCUGGUCAACAGUAAGCAAUCGGAGGACUCGGACAUCUCGAACAAGCGGCUCACGAUGAUGGCGCUGGACGUGUCAAGAGCCCUGUCGUACCUCGCCGAGCAGAAGUACGUCCAUCGGGAUGUGGCCUGCCGCAACUGUAUGGUCAACGCACAGCGUGUCGUCAAACUUGGCGACUUUGGCAUGGCGCGACCAACCUUCGAGAACGAUUACUACCGCUUCAACCGGAAGGGCAUGCUUCCGGUGCGCUGGAUGGCACCGGAGUCGCUCGCGCUCGGCAUCUUCACGCCCGCCUCGGACGUCUGGUCGUACGGUGUGCUGCUGUACGAGAUCAUCACGUUCGGUUCGUUCCCGUUUCAGGGGCUCACCAACAACCAGGUGCUGGAGCAGCUUAAGAACGGCCAGACGCUCACCAUUCCGGCCGGCGUGAAGCCGCAGCUCGAGGGACUCAUCAACGCGUGCUGGAACCAGGACUACAAGAAGCGUCCGUCCGCCUCGGAGGUGUCCGAUUUCAUCUCGAACUAUCCGCGCCUGUUGAAUCCCUGCCUGGACGUGCCGCUCGCAUCAGUCGAGAUGAUCGACAACGGCAGUGACCAGUUCGAGCUGCUGCCCGGGUUGCGCAAGUACAAGGAUGACGGGGUGGGUGGCCAACCGACGGCCGAUCUGCUCGUCGGCACGCAACAACUCAACGAUCUGAACGGCUACAACAACGUUAGCAUCAUGUCGACGGGUGGGGCCAACGGCCAGCGGCAGCACCAUCCGAACCAGCGUCAGCGUGCCAUCAACCUGAACGAUCUGAACGUCGCGACGGACUUUACCACCGUCAACCCGCUGUCCCCGAUGGACGAGGAGCACGAGCACGACCGGACCUGUCAUCACCGGCAUGUGCACGGCACGUCGGGAUCGGCCGGUGGCAAUACCUCCGGUGGAAACGCGUACAAUCCCAUCGAACCGUUGCUGCAGCGCGACACGGAAGUAACCAAGAGCAACAGCAGCCUACUCCGGUACGUGCCCAUGUUCGGGUUCGGCAAGAGCAAGACGAUUACGAUCGGCGGAGGUGGCACCACGAUCGUCACCGGGACGACGGCGCCUCCGUCCGCAACGCUCGGUGCCCUUCACUGUACCACCACGCAGAGUACGGCGAUGGGAAGUGGGCCAAACUCACCGCAGUCUCCGACCGGGUCGGUGCUGGGCAUGAGCGGGGGCACGAUGAUCGUAAAUGCGCGCAGCACCAGCACGACGGUUUUAUAGCGCCCGCCAAACAUUCCCGACCAGAACCGACCGGCGCCGCAACCAGCAGCAAACACCAAAUGUAAUGUUUAGUUUUAAGAAUUGUG